CAACAGGUGUGCAAUGCAAAGGUGACAGACAAUGGAGGUGGCUGAGGACAUUAAGGAGUCUCUUCAGAAGUCUGGAAUAAGGAGGAACAUUGAUGUUUGCCAACUCAGCCUGCCCAAAAAAAAACUCACCAGCGUCCCUGACUUAUCAAGAUUUCACUUUCUGAGGACGCUGUGGCUGAAUAACAACAAGAUCAGAGAGCUCAGCUGUCGUUCACUCAACUGCUGCUUGACUGAACUUUACCUCCACAAUAAUAACAUCAAGUCUAUUUCUGGAGCCUUAAACCAUCUGACCUGCCUCCGACUUCUUUUCCUCCACAACAACCAGAUCAGAGGUCUGGAGGACACCAUGCACGAGCUCAGGAGGAUGCAGCAGCUCCAAACUGCCACUUUUUUCCUCAAUCCCAUCUCCCAUGAACCCGGGUAUCGACUGCAUGUGAUCCACUGCUUGCCUUCUAUCCAGGUUUUAGAUGUAAAAGAGGUGAAGACAGUGGAGAGGAGGAGGUCCAUCCAGAUUUACAGCCAGGAGCGCCAUCGUGUCCUCCAGUCUGUGGCCUUCUGCAGACGGGCAACAAGCUGAAACAUUUCCAGUUAUCACAGUGCAAAGAUGUGUUUGCAGUGUAAUAAUAACUCUGAUCUGCUCAAAAUACCCUUCAAUGAUCAGUCAAAACACUUUUUUAACAUUCUGCUUACUCAGGGUAAUCUAUAUAAAACACAUCUAGGUCUGUUUAGUACAGUCGACGGUUUAAAUUUAGGAGCAAUUUGUUUAAGUGUAACCCAAACCAAUCAGUAACUGUUUAUGAUUUAUUUAUGGGCUGAAAGAGUCAAAAAUAUUUCCAUUCAGUGUUGCUUUUCCCAUCCAUCCAAAUAUGCAUUGUAUGGUUUCAUCUUUAGAUCAGCAGACUAAAUAUCAAACUUAGUGUCUGAUCUCAAUUCAAACCUGAUUAAUUUCUUAGUUUAGAUUUAAAUUUAAACAUUUAUUCUCAUUGUUAGCGACCAAAGAUCUUCCUUAGGAAUAAGAGGCUAAAAAUGAAACACCAAAGUACGGUAAACAUUUUGUACUACCUUAUCAUUUGCAAGUGCCUUCAUCAUUUCAUUUCAAAUUUGAUUAAAAAAAAGAAACAUUAUAUAUAUAUAUA